AUGUCGUCGCGAGCGAGAGAAAAGCGAGAGAAGUACGGCAGGAAGAGCGCUAGUGGCAACAACAACAACAACAACAACGCAUCUUAUUCUCGCGGCGGCGGUGGCGGAUAUACGAACAAAAGAAAUGCAAAGCCGGCGGCGGCGGAUGGCGGCAUAUUCAAGAAUAAGUUGGUCUGUUUCGGAUGCCGACGAACCGGGCACUCGUUGCGAGACUGUCGCUACCACAACGGCGGCGAUGCGAACAGCAGCCGAGGGCAGAAGAUUUGUUACAACUGCGGCAGCAGCGAGCACGCGUUGCGAGAUUGCACGGAGCCGAAUUCGAACUUUGCGUUUGCCAAGUGUUUCGUCUGCGAUAAAGUCGGACACUUGUCGCGGAAUUGUCCGGAGAAUAAGAGCGGGUUGUACGUCAACGGUGGACAGUGUCGAAUUUGUAAAGGCGUGGACCAUUUAGCGAGAGAUUGUCCGAAACAAGGCGCGUGUUUGCGAUGCGGCGAGGAAGGACAUCUCUCGAAAGAGUGUCCGAAUAAAAAGAGUAAAGGCGACAAACGGAAGAAGAAAUCGAAAGAAAACGACGACAAUACUAAUGAAAGCAGUUCUUACUCGGCGACGAGGACGAUUUAG